AUGAAGCAGGUCACUAGCUUCCUGGUAACCCAAGACCCCGCAGCACAGCACCUCACACUUUCAGGCCUCAACCCCGUUUUCAGUGACGACCCUAACCACAGCCUUUUCUUUUUCCUCACCCUCGCUCCCUGCUACUGCCCCGGCCUCUAUGCCUCGCUCUCCUCCCUCACCCUCCACCGCCUCUCGCCCAUUCCCUCUCACUCCCUCUCCUCCCUUUGCCGGCUGCCCUCCCUCACCUCACUCUCCGUCCUGGAAACUUCCAUUAAUCCCUCUGGCAACUUUCGGUUCUCAUCCUUCUCUCGGCUCCACCGGCUCGUUCUGGACUGCCCAGACCCCAGCGAGCUGAAUUUCGGCACUUUCUACACCUAUGAGAGCGAGCCGUUUGAGAGGCUGAGGGAGCUGCAUUUCAGCCGCGUCACAAACCACCUGCUGCAGGAGGUUGGCGCGUUGACCCGCCUUGAGGCCUUCUCCUGCACGUGCAGUGAGGAAGUGACUCAAUGGGGUUUGAGGAACCUGAAUCGCCUUACCAGGCUGACGAGGCUGCAGGUGGCACCAGCAAAUCUGGAGGACCAUCAGAUGCAGCUGCAGUUUCGCAACAACUUCCUGCCCGAUAUAUCGAGAGUUUGCCAGCGGCCCACUCCCAACAGCAAGCACGCUUGUUACUGUGACUUUCGGCUUUAUAACCCCAAGUACCCGUGCUUGGAUGGCGGUGUGUGGCAGGUGGUGGGUGCGCUGCAGGGCUUGCAGCAGCUUGGCUUGCAUGGAGUGGCCCGCAGCAGCCAAGACCUGCAUGCCUUCACUGCUCUCACACACCUCACCUCUCUCCACAUCACCGGCACCAACCUGAGUGAUGCUGCGUACUUUGAGGGAUUAUCUCAAUUGAGGGACCUGGGGCUGGCUGGAUGCAGCAUGGAUGUGGCUUCAUACAUGUGGGGGUGGAGCCGCAGCAUGCCACUCUUACAGUCCCUGGACCUGUCAGCCACGGGAGUCAUCUACAGGGGCGCAUCUCAACUUUAUUUACUUGAGCAUUUGGAGCGCGUGAAGCUACAGCAGUACUGCAACCUGCAUGUGGCGCUCCUACGGCAUGUGAGCCGUGUGCCGCAGCUGAAGGAGCUGGACGUGGGCUUUAACAACGUGCAGCUGGGAUGGCGGAGGCCCAUACGGGAUGGGAAGCAGGUGGCCCGGUUGUGUGUGCGUGGAUGCGGGUGGAGCGACCAGCAGAUUCACGGGUGCAUGGCAUGUGGUGCAUGGCAUGUGGUGCAUGGCGUGCAGUGCAUGGCAUGUGGUGCAUGGCAUGUGGUGAAUAGCAUGUGGUGCAUGGCGUGUUGA